CGUUGUCACCUCUUUACGAAAGGCUUUGCGAUUCUCCUGAUGGCUAUGCUAUUUACACACAGCCUGUCGGCCAUUGUCACAUACGCCUUUCAAAGAUUGUGGCUCCAGUCGCUGGACGCAAAGCAGUCAUUGCCCUUCUUCAACUACGCUCUUUGGGAGUGGCGAGGAUCGUGGAUAUUCUACAUCACCUACCUUUCGCAGUCGGCAUCCGGCUACACCGCCACCUGCGGAAACAUGUCUUGCGACCUCAUGAUCUUUGGCAUGGUCUUUCAGGUCACCAUGUUCUUCGAUAGGCUCUCCAGGGCGCUCAGGGAGUUCAGGAUCCGGGGACACAGCGAGCUUCAUGGAGCGAGCAAGGACACGGAAGAGCUGCGAUCCCUGGUUGCCUAUCACAUUAAAAUACUCGGACUUCCCGAUCUCAUGAAUGCGGUCUUUGGUGUUCCUUUGCUGCUCAACUUUCUGGCCUCCUCGUGGCUAGUUUGCCUUUUGGGAUUUCAGCUGACCCUGGCAUUCAGCCCCGAGCAUUUCUGCAAGCAGGUGUUGCUCCUAGUUUCCGCACUUGUCGAGAUAUAUCUUCUUUGCUCCUUCAGUCAAAUGCUGAUCAACGCGAGUGAAAACGUAAGACUCGCAGUUUACGAAAUGAACUGGACGGAGUUCGGCCCACGGCUCCGAAAAAUGCUGAUCCUCCUGUCUGUGGGGGCUCAAAAGCCCAUAUGUCUGAAUGGCACAGUGAUCCUAAACGUGUCAAUUGAAACUAUGAGCAUUUUCCUGCGCGUGUCGUAUAAGUUCUUCUGCGCUGUUCGAAUGAUGUAUAAGUAAAUGCUUCUAAUAUUCUGGUUCAAUAGGGUUUUUUUUUUUAAAUAAAAAAUAAAUUAUCUAGACAUGUAAAAGAGUCAUGUU